UAAAGAUGCCCUUUCUUGCCUCUAUUCUAACCUCAUCCUUUCGUUCCCUCCAUUCAAUCUCUCAAUUUAGUGCUCUCUUUACUUCAUAAUAAAUCCCGCACUCUCUCUCUCUCUCUCCAGUAAUACAUCCCCCUCCCACGUCCACCUUCGCCUCUUUAAAAGAAAUCAUUCUCUCUUUUUUAACCGUCAAGAAGGGAGGGAAGAGGGAAAGAUCGCUCCCAUUCCUAUCCCCUCGCGCGACUCCCUAAAUACACCGAGAACCCUAACGUCUUAGUAUUAUCUCUUUCUUCUCCGCCGAUCGGAAGUCGGGGAGAGGGAUGGGGGAGUGCUGCAACGGAGGAGGAGGAGGAGGAGGAGGAGGAGGGGUGUCGAUGUCGGUGCGGCCGCCGGCGCUGUUCAGCCCGGGGGCGAUGGUGGACCGCCGGUUCUUGAAGCACGUCUUCGAUAACGUCCAUGGGAACAUCUCGCUUGAUCCGCUGAGCUUGAAGUUCAUAGACACUGAACAGUUUCAGAGGCUACGGGAUCUAAAACAACUUGGUCUUACAUCCAUGGUCUAUCCAGGCGCAGUGCACACUCGAUUUGAGCAUUCAUUAGGGGUUUACUGGCUUGCUGGGGAGGCUGUUCGUUGUCUUCAAACCUACCAAGGUUUGGAGCUUGAUAUAGAUCAUUUUGAUAUGCAAACGGUGAAACUUGCAGGCCUUUUGCAUGACAUAGGCCAUGGACCUUUCAGUCACCUGUUUGAGCGUGAAUUUCUUCCUCGGGUCCUUCCAGGAUCAGAAUGGUCUCAUGAGCAAAUGUCGGCGCAGUUGGUGGACUAUAUUGUUGAUGAACACCACAUUGAAAUUGACCCUAACAGCCUUAGAAAAGUGAAAGAAAUGAUAACUGCCAGCUCUAAGACUGCCCUGGCAAGAAGUUCAAAAGAGAAACAAUUUCUGUAUGAUAUCGUGGCUAAUGGUCGCAAUGGGAUAGAUGUUGACAACAGGUUUGAUUAUAUUAUCCGUGAUUGCCGGGCUUGUGGUCUUGGCUGCAAUUUCCAGUUCCAGAGAUUGUUGGAAGCCAUGCGUGUUAUAGAUAAUGAAAUAUGCUAUCCAGCUAAAGAAUAUCUUACCAUCCACAAGUUAUUUGCAACGCGUGCUGACCUUCACAGAACUGUCUAUACCCAUGCAAAAGUAAAGGCUAUAGAGCUCAUGCUUGUAGAUGCACUUCUAGCAGCAGAUGGCUACUUAAAAAUAUCUUCUUUUACUCUUGACCCAGCUCAAUUUUGGAAGUUAGAUGAUACAAUACUGAAAACCAUUGAAACAGCUGACAAGAAACAGCUGAAGGAAUCUAGGGAUAUAAUCCGAAGGAUUCGUCGGAGGGAUUUGUAUCAGUUCUGCAACGAGUAUGCUGUUCCGAAGGAUAAACUAGAGUAUUUCAAAGACGUCACUUCACAGGAUAUUGUUUGCUCACAGAAAGCUAAUGGAAUAGAACUAAAGGAAGAGGAUAUUGUUGUUAGCAAUGUCAGGAUUGAUUUGACUCGUGGAAAGGAUAACCCUCUUGAGAGCAUUAAUUUCUUCAAGGAUUAUGACAGUGAGAAGAAAUUUACAAUCUCAGAUGAUCGCAUCAGCCACUUGUUGCCUGCAUCUUGUCAAGACAAGAUAGUGAGGGUGUAUGCCAAGAAACCUGAAUUGGUAGAAGCAAUUUCGGAGGCCUUUGAAAACUUCCAAUUGAAAAUAUAUGGGGUCAAAACACAAGUACAUGAGACACCAGAGAAGAAGAGACAUCGCAAGUAAUGGUUCCCUUGUUAUGUUUUGCUUUUCUUCAGUCCUUGCGCGUUGUUACACAGGUCUCCUCUCAUUUUACAUGGAAAGGAAUGGCUUCUUAGGUGCAACAUUUAUAUCUCCAUAUUGGUUGGUAAGCUUUAUAGGGGAAAUGCAUUUUUUUUCAUAUAGCAAUAAAACAAGUAUAUUUGUAGCACUGCCUGUAGUUUUUGUGUCUCAACAAGUGCAACUUGUUUGGACAUAUAAGGGUGAAAUCUCAAGCCAUAAGUCUCAACGAAAAAAUGAUGAUGGUAAACUGAGAUGUGCAGUUGAGCAUCA